GAUGAUGAACCCGGAACUGGUUAAGCUUUGGAUGCGUUUGGUGUUUCAAGCAGCAAGAAAAGGUCAGAGAAAAGGUACGAUGCGCGGAUUAAAAAAACUAUAGUCCAGGGCUCCAGCAAGUGGUCUCAUUUUGCCCCUGAAAGAAUCGUGAAUCUUUUCCUGACUUCCUGGCUCUGGCCCUCACUAUGGCCCAAUGUUCAUCAAUGCUUCAGCUGUACCACGUCGGUUUGAGACGUUGCGCAGCUCUGUCCACUCAUUUCCCACACACUUUACCAAAGACACGCGCACCUUUUGCAAACUCUUACUCCACGGACAUCAAGGUGCGUUCCUACUUUCAAUACCUUAAACACAAGAUGAUAUCCCCUCCCCGUCCUCCCUACCAUCACAUAUGUCAAGUGGGGGACCCAGUGCUGCGAUCAAAAGCUGUAGCAGUUGACCCAGCAGCUAUUAAAGGACCUGAGGUCCAGAAGGUAAUAAACACGCUGGUCAAAGUCAUGCGUAAAUUUGAGUGUGUUGGCAUUAGCGCUCCUCAGAUCGGGGUGCCACUUAGAAUCCUGGCCUUGGAGUAUCCACAGAAGCUUUUGGAUGAGAGUUCACCCGUGUCUAGAAAAGUUCGUGAACUCUCUGUCCAGCCAUUGAGAAUAUUUGUCAACCCUCAGAUGAGGGUGCUGGAUUGGCAGACAGUGCUCUUUCAAGAAGCCUGCGAGAGCAUCUGUGGCUUUUCUGCCACAGUUCCACGUUACCUUUCGGUGGAAGUAUCAGGUGUGAAUGAGAAUGGAGAAGAUACAACUUGGCGGGGCAGCGGUUGGCCAGCUCGAAUCCUCCAGCACGAGAUGGACCACUUGAAUGGGGUGCUUUACAUUGAUCACAUGGACAGCAAGACUUUCACCAAUAUCCACUGGCAGGCAUACAAUGAAUAGAAAAGACCACAAAGUGUUUUGAGGCUUUUCUCUGAUGGAAACAAACUAUCAACUGUGUGUGCAUACAUUUUUUUGCGAAGUAUCCGAUGAAUCAACUCGGAUUUAUGUGUAGGAAUGGUUAAAUUCCAGCACAACUCCGAUCCAUUAAAGAAAAACCUAGUGGGAGAACAGUAAAAGUACAAAUAGAACACAAGGCUUGCCUUGUGUUCUAUCAACAGAACUCGUCCCACCAACCAAUUCGUCAAACGAAAGAGAAUGAAAAAGAUUUUAGGUCAAGUCUGGCUGUUAGCUUUCUUUGAAAAAAUUGAAAGUUUGUGUCGGAGGAUCAUCCAUUCAAUAUUUGAACGUUUGAAAGUUAAUUUAUUGUUACAAGUUUGAUGCAAAUGCAGGAAUCGGUGUCAGUGCCUUGCUGGUUUGCAAUACAGUGUUUGCAAUCUU